CCGAAAUCGACAAAUCCGCCUGGUCAGUUCCCAUUAGCCUUCAGGCGGAUCCGCGCCUACAUAUCUUUGGUGCAGCGCGGCACAGCCUCGAGAGCACAUCGUUUCGCGUAGCUCCCCCUGUGAUUCAUUAUCCGGGCUCCAGGUUAGGCAGCCGCAAAUAACCAACAGCAUGGUAUUUACACCGCCUGACUCACCCAAUAUUGCAGUCACGAUUCAGUUUUCUGGUAAUUUCAUUGGGAGUACGGUAAAUUGGUAAAUAUGUGGACUGCGAUGUCUCAGCACAUAAAGCUGGCAUCAAUCCCUUGAUAGACUUUUGAUUUCUUCCAAUCUCCAUCCAUUAAUCCACGAUGGCAUCCAAUUCAGUAGAGGUCUAUGACCUCCUCAUUUUGGUUGAUGCUACUUAUUCCAUGUCUUCAUAUCUCCAUUCUCUCCAAACAUCUCUACCGCAAAUUAUUUCCAUAACAACCGUCACCGAUUGCUUCUCGCGGAUAGGUCUGCUCGCAUACCGCGACUACUGCGACAUAAACCUGCUAGAGUGGUCAGGAUGGCUCUCUCCGUCAUCUUUGUCGGAUGAGAAGCAGCCGGAUUUGAUUGCCAAAGCAAAGAGCCUCGAACCUAUAGGCGGAGGCGACAUGCCCGAAGCUACCAAGACCGGGUUGGCAAGGGCGUACGAGCUCAUGAGACCCGAUGCGACGACUAUCAUUCUCCUCUACACCGAUGCCCCCCCGCAUACCUUUGCGAAUGGCUCAAUGAAAGAGAGCUGCUCGCACUUGCGCAAUGAGCAAAUAGCCCUUAGCAAUCCAAAUGACAAGAAAGGGCUUUGGCGGGCCAUCACAGAUGGUGUUUCCAAACCCAAAUGGGCCAAUGCCGCACCAGUAUCAUACGGAGGUUUCGGCCAUAACUUUGCAGAUUGGGUUUCCGCAUCCAAAUGGCUGUCCAAGCGUUCUGGAGACAAGAAAGCUCAGGUAUUCUGUGUCCUUGACCAUAGUAUGAACUGUGACACUGUUGGUUACUACAAUUACCUAUCAACGAUGACUGGAGGGGCCUGUUUCCGCCUAACUGACUCUGGAUCUACUUCAAUUUCACAGUUGACGGUUGAGGUGCUGUUGGCCUGGAUGGGAGUUGAGAAAGCUCAACUCGUAACGCCCGUCGGACUUCUUCCAGCGCAUAUGUUGCGGUACAAAUCUGUUGAGAAAAUAGAGACGCUCGUAGACGAGAAGGAUCCCAAUGCAGCCCCAUUCUUCUUGUCUGAUAAAUCCGACAAGAAGUUCGGGCCUUCUACAGUCACCGAGCUUCGAGUAACCGCAGACACUCUCGAAUCGUAUCUUCCAAAGAAAUCGACACCUGUUCAGGACUUUGCCAAGCGGUAUACAGAAAACCCGCAGUACAGGAAGACUGCCUUUGAAGAGGUCGGGAAACUCAUACGUGAUGAUGUCUCUGCGAUAUCUCUUAACCCUGUAUUCGGCUCACUGUGGAGGGUUGUCUCCAGUGACCGAAAGAAUCCUUAUCGAGAUGAAAUAAUCACCGCAUUCGGCCGUCAGGUGGACAAGAUACAAAAUGCUGACGAGAAGGCUCGCAUGAAGAUUUGGCUCGAGGAGUCAUACGACUUCACUGCUGAGGCGAUGGAGACCAUUGCAUCAGUGCCAAAAGAACUGCGUUUCCCCUGUGUUUGCCUCGACCCAACAAUAGUAUUCACACAGGAGGCCGACGACGACGAGGAGGAGGAAAACAAGCCAAUCACUUCCCUCCAGCGAAAAGAUCUUCUUGAAAUCGGCCGCUCCUGCGACUAUCGCAUACUCCGCCGACUUGGCCGAGUCCUGACACGCCUCACGUAUAUCAACUCGGUAGAGGAGAUGCCGGCUCACAUUGCUGCCACGUCGGAGGUGCAGAUUCCUAGAAUUCCUAUGGCCUUGGCGUCGGAGGAAUAUAACAACUAUUUCUGGCGGAUUCUACUCCACAUUGUGGUGCCAGGGACGAUGCUUUCUUCCAGACCCGCAGCAUUACUCGCCGCAUUGAGCAUUCAACUAGGCCUUGAGCCGCUCUUGCAAGUUGCUAACCGUGAGAUGAUGCGUUGGCGGGAUAAGUGGAAUGACUUGGAUAUUCCUGAGACAUGGAAUACGAGCUGUCUAGGACUAUUGCUCGAUGCCGAUGAUGCAUAUCAGAAGAGAGAGGCAGAGGAGCAAGGAACACAAGCAAAUGAGACCGAUACGUCGGAUAAGAGGCUGCUAAACCCCCAGGAUCGCGCGCUCUUCGAACGACUCGUAUCGUACAAAAUGCUCGAGUUCAACUUGGAGACAACCCUGCGACCACAAAUCGGAUGGACCCCCGAAAAGACCACGGUGGCAAUGGGCCCAACCGUCAUCUGUGUAGCAUGCGAGUACCCACGUUCAAUCACGAUAAUGGGCGUAGAUGGCAAAUGCGGAAAGUGCCUCUGGGCUGAUUACGCCACCCCAGAAGCUCGCCAGGAGGCCAUAACAGUGAACGCCACGAAGCAAGACGAUGAGACGACGCCGAUAACUUGGGUUGAAUGCGGUCAGAGUACCUGCCGUGCACAAUAUGUCGUUUAUAACCCGGCGAAACUGUCGAUCAAACCAAAAUGUCACUAUUGUAGGGAACAUGGCAAGGCGCCUGUGCUCGAGUGCUCGAAGUGCUUGAACAGGGUAAUAUGGCCUGAAGCGUAUCGUCCUGCCGACAUGGGGGAUUUCACAUGUUACGCCUGCACAGCUGGGGUGGGAACUAUUGUUGGGGUGGAAACAAAUGCCCUCGAGAUAUCAAAGGAAAGCAACACCGAUUGGCUCCUCCGCAACGAGGGUAGCAAGAUUUCAGCCCCCUUCACCAAGCGCUCACUCUUCAAAACAAUCACAGAGGCCGGCAUCAAAGACUUCGUCGAGAAAGUCGAACCGCUCCCUUCCACAUCCCAAAGCGACCUCACACUCCACGGCAAGCUCAUCCGCAACACCCCCUCCAUCGUCGCAGAACUCCGCUCCUGGGUCCUCCGCCGCAAAACCGAAUCCGGUACUUGCUCCCUCUGCUUCGUCUCUUUCAAGAAAUGCAAUCUCAUCGCCUCCUGUGGCCGCACCGGAUGUUCUCAGCGCGUAUGCAAAGGUUGCCUGGCUCAUUGGUACGGACUCAAUGUCGCGGGGGGUCUCAUCAACAUCGCCGCCCUCUCGUGCGCAUUCUGCCGGCGCAGACCAGUCGCCAAGACGUUUGCGAAGCAUGGGUUUGGCAUCCACGCUGUUGUUGGGCUGGAAAAUGCGGUGAAGGAGGCGGGGGAAUGGAUAUACGCUUGGUGCGAGGGGUGUGGGGUGGCCAAGCAGUAUAUGCAGCGGGUUUGUGCGAAUGGGGCGCCGGAGGAGGUGAAGAAUUGGAAGUGUGGAGAGUGUGAGACGGCGAAGGAGGAGGGGAGGUUUAAGUCGUGUCCGGGGUGUACGACGAUGGUGGAGAAGGCGGAUGGGUGUGAUCAUAUUACGUGUACGGUUGAAGGGUGCGAGACGGAGUGGUGUUUUGUUUGUAGGGGGGUGUUUGAUGAGGAGACGAUUUAUGGGCAUAUGGAGGAGGAGCAUGGGGGGUAUGGUGAUGAGUAGAGGAUUUCUAGGGUUAAUGGGUGUUGGGGUUGCGUUAUCUGUUAUAUACCCCUAAUAACUGUUGUAAUCUUUGC